CUUAUCAAUUUACCCGGGAGCCUUUCAUUACACCUUAUAUAAUAGUGCAUAGCUUUCAAAAACCCCAAAACAAUUUCAAAGUUUCAGCUAGUUGAGUCAAGGAAUUUAAUUUGCAGAAUGUCGCGACAUAUGGAAAAGGUUCGCCAAUUGGCCGGUAAAUUGUUCACUGAAUCCGAAAUAAGGCGAUUUAAUGCGUAUCGCAAUAACUUUCGCAACAAGUAUUUAAAAUUGGAUGCGUACAACUUUAAGUUAUCGUUGAAGAAACCCACAUUGUCCAAGUGGCCGAACAUGCGUUUCUUUUCUUCUGGCGAUGCUCCAAAAACCCCCGAAGAGUGUUGUCAAGAGAUUCCUGAUCAUAUGCAGCAAAAAUGUGAAAUUGAUUGGGAUGCCAUUCGGCCGCCGGGAGAACCUUACAAGUGGCGAGACACUCACUAUUGGAAUCCGGAUCCAGAAUUCUACCAGAACUUCGAGCAUGUGGUCAUGUAUCCUCCGGGAGAUAAGUGGAAGAAGCGUCCCGAUGCCACUGAUCGCUGCUAUCCGCCCGUGGAUCGCACAUUCCGCACAAAGUUUAUCAACUUUGGACCCGCUCAUCCGGCGGCUCAUGGUGUGCUUCGCAUGAUUCUCGAGCUGGACAAUGAGACUGUGUUGUCCGCGGAUCCGCACAUUGGACUGCUGCAUCGCGGCACUGAAAAGCUGAUCGAGUACAAAACCUAUUUGCAGGCGUUGCCCUACUUCGAUCGCCUCGACUAUGUGUCGUGCAUGGUCUGUGAGCAAGCCUAUUGUCUGGCCGUGGAGAAGCUGCUGAACAUUGAGGUGCCACCGCGUGGCAAAUACAUACGCACUCUCUGCUCCGAGCUGAUGCGUCUGACCAAUCACACCAUGGCCAUCUCCUCGGCGGUGCUCGAUUGCGGUGCCAUCACACCGCUCUUCUGGCUCUUCGAGGAGCGGGAGAAACUCUACGAGUUCUCAGAGCGUUUGUCGGGUGCACGUCUGCAUGCUGCAUAUAUAAGACCCGGUGGCGUCUCGUUGGACAUGCCACUCGGCUUCAGCGAUGAUCUGUACAAUUUUCUAGUGCAGUUUAAGGAGCGCCUCGAUGAAGUCGAAGAUGUUGUGACCGAAAAUCGCAUUUGGCGCAUGCGCAACAUUGGCAUUGGCAAGAUCUCUGCCUCUGAGGCCCUCAACUGGGGUUGCACGGGUCCCGUGCUGCGUGCCACAGGCAUUAAGUGGGAUCUACGUAAGCAACAACCCUAUGAGGCAUAUGCAGACAUGGAUUUCGAUGUGGUUAUUGGCUCUCAAGGCGAUUGCUACGAUCGAUAUCUGGUGCGUAUGGGCGAAAUGCGUCAAUCGAUCCGCAUCAUGCAACAGUGCAUCGAUCGCAUGCCACCUGGCCCAGUAAAGGUCGAUGAUCGCAAGAUCUGUCCACCACGACGUGCCAAGAUGAAGACCGACAUGGAAGAUCUGAUACAUCACUUCAAGCUCUAUUCGCAGGGCUUCACUGUGCCGCCCGGACAAACCUACACCUCAAUUGAGGGGCCCAAAGGCGAGUUCGGUGUCUAUCUGGUGUCCGAUGGCACCUCCCGACCUUAUCGCUGCAAGAUCCGGCCUGCUUCCUAUAUCCAUCUGGCACUUAUGUCCAAGUUGGCGCCACAAUUCCUGCUGGCCGAUAUUGUGGCCAUCGUUGGCUCACUCGACAUUGUAUUCGGAGAAAUCGAUCGUUAAAUCUUGAAAUUGUAA